UGUAAUCGAUAUCAGUGCAAUAUUAAGCGAGUGACAGUGCGCAUUAUACACAAGCAGACAGCACAGAAAUUUUCCAUAAAGAUGCAGCUUAACUUGUUGUUGUUGUUGUUCUUGUUGCUGUUGUUGUGCGCAAGUUUGAUGCAAGCGCUGGUCUUGCCACUUACGCUGGUCAAGAGCAAUGCUACGGCUACAGACAGCUUUGGCUACUUGGAGCUACAGCCCAAUGGCACAUUGAUAUUGCAACGAGCUGCUGAUGAAACAGGUAGCAAUUUGCAGAACUUGUUGCUGCUGCGCAGCGUGCUGCAAGCCAUCAAACUUACCUCAAAUGAGCCGCAGGCCAAGCUGAAUAUCAAACUCUACGGCGAUGGUGUUGAGCAUAAAUUUCCGCCCGUGCUCGAGAACAUUCUGCAACGCAUACAAACAUAUUUCUCCAUCUAUCGCUAUACGGACACCAGUCAACGGAAAGAUGAGCUAACCACCAAACCAGCCACGCCAACACCUUCUGUGGCAUUAAGUGUGACCACAACACAAGCCUAAGCUUAAG